CUUCCCCGUUUCUAUGGCGGCUCCGCGGCGCCGCAAGAUGGCGGCCGAGCGGCAGCGGGGAGCGCCGGGCGGUUCGCGUUAGGUGCCAUGGCUGCUGCUUUUUUCCUGGCUGUGCUGGUGCUGCUGCUGGCGGCUCCCUGCCCAGGACAGCGAGCAGGGGAUCCGGUCUUUCAGCCUUCAUUUAUCCAUAUGUCAGGGCCCAGAGUGAGUUCGUUUUUUCUUGGAAAUUCUUCAGGAGUUAAUUUUUCCAUAAUUCGAAGUUCUUUAGAUGAAGAGACAGGAAAAUUGCAACUUGCAAAUUGCAGCAGCAGUGAAAGAGCUGGUGAUUGGAAUUUGACUGUAACACCUGGUAUGAGCACUUCCAAAGUGACCAUAAGCUUGGCUAGAAACCUGCAGAUGUGUUUGCCCAAUGGCACUGACUGCUGCACAACACCUCUCUGUGUGGUUGAAACACUUCAGGUUUUAGCUUGCCAUGAUUCAGUGCUGUUGGCUCAUCUCCUGAUUCAAGCUGAAAUCUAUGCCAACUCCUCAUUUACAGGAAAUGUGUCAGAAAAUGUGACCAUCAUCCCAAAUCAGGUGUUUCAUCCAUUGGGCUCUUGUCCUUGUGACUUGACAGCUGGAGCUUGUGAUGUUCGUUGUUGCUGUGAUCUGGAGUGUACACCAGAUCUGAAGCAGUUAUUCAGUGCAUCUUGUUUCACUGGAGUGUUUGGUGGGAAUGUGAACCCAGCUUUUGAUCAGCUGUGCUCUUCCAAGUCAAUGGAAUUUACCCCUGAUUGGUUUCCCAUCCUUUGUGUGCAGUCUUCUCUUGACAAUACACCAUUUCUUGGCUACUUUUAUCAUGGCUCUACUUCUGCACCCAGAGUUCCUCCAUUUAAGAUCCCUUUACAAACUUCCCCUGGGAGACUCUUCACUGGUUACAGACAAGGAGAUCCAAUUAUUACAGAAGAAAAUGAAUAUUUUACCAUUCCCCAGCAAUCCAUGGCAGGACAGUGUGUUGUCAGUGCCCCUGUAGCAUAUCUCCAGGACUUUGAUGUCAGAUGUCUCACUAGUCUAGCAGCUCACCAGGAGGGACUGCCCCAUGACGUGAGGAUCAACAGUGGUGCUGGAGACUUCAUCCAACAGAAUGUCAUCUAUGAAACCAUCACUGACAUGGGCAAGUUCAUCACUCAGAGUGAAAGCCUUCAUACUGCUGAGGUUCUGUGUCAAAAUGUAACUUUUGCAGAGCAUUAUACAUUCAUUUGGAGAGAUGAGAACAUAGAGCAAAUAAAUGUCACUGUCUUCCUGGGAAGUUUAUGUGAUGGAGAACUGCUGGCACAGAGAUUCACAGUCAACUUCAUAAGUUUAGAGAGUACUAAUGCAACAGAACUGUUUGGGAAUCCAGGUUAUCAAGUUGGAAAACCAGUGAGAGCUGCAAACAUGAAUGCUUCUGAUACUUCAGGAAGCCUGAACAUUUGGCAGCCAGCUGGCAGAGGUUUAUGUACCUCAGCAACUUACACACCAGUUUUAUUUGGACAAGAUGCAUUCUCAGGCUGCAUUCUAGAAGUUGGUAUUAAUGAAGACUGCAGCUUUUUAAGAGGAAAUGUUACUGAGAAGUUGAAUUCAUUAAUAUUAUCUACUCACAUUGGAAAGAGGGGCAAUUCAAGCUACAGUGAUCUAAAUGACUGGGUGAAAAUCAUACGUCUUGAUCCAUUUCAUUCUGAUACCAAUGUGAGCACUGGGAGUUUAAAAGGAUUUUGUCCAGAUAUUCCUGCAAAUCUGAAUAUUCACAUCAUCUUUGCUACUGUGGGUGCAAUACAAGGGAUUCCCCAGCAAGAAAUUCUUGCUGUGCAGAUCAGCUACUCAACAGUCAUAUGGCAAUUCCAGUGUGGGCUUAGCUGUGAAAACAACAUCAGCUUUCUUCCCAUCACAGCUUCUGUUCAGUUCAUUGAAGUGCCAGCUCAGCCACCUAUCCCAUUGACAAGAUUUCAGAUUAAUUAUACAGAAUUUGACUGCAAUCGAAAUGAUGUGUGCUGGCCACAACUUUUUUACCCAUUGACAGGGUUUUACACAGGAGAACCUUAUUCCCACUGCCUUGCUAAAGGCCUGGUGUUGGUGUUUCUUGUUGUACUUGCAGCAAUUACGAGUAACCCUUGGUUUUCAGAAUUAUGGAACAGUUAAAAAUGCUGAUAUAAAGACAACCACUUUUGUUAACUUUGGGGUAAAACUUACAGAUAAAGAUUCCUGGAUUUUCUAGACAUUUUUUAAUAUAAACAUACAAAAUAAGAUACAUAAAAUGACCUUAUGGUAUACAGAAAAUUACUGUUAUUAAAAAAAAAAAA